AUGGAGAUUUUCUUUGAACUCCUCUUCACUGUGGGUCUCUCUGUUCUUGUUUCUUUCAUUCUUGCCGAGCUUCUUUCAAUGAUGUCGUCCAGUGGCGUCGCUGCAGACGACGUUAUGUUGGGAUCACGUAUGGACGUGGUCGAGAAAAGGGUUUUUCAUCCACAAAAGCAGGACCAAAAUUUGGUAGUUUGUGAUUUUGAGAGUGAGAAAAACAUUGGGCUUUUUGGAGGAGUGGGAAAAUUCAAUGACCGUGAAGAUAGCGAAUUUCAAGCAAUAUGCGAUAAUGAAGAGGUUUCUAGGGAAGUUGGAGUUCUUGGGUUUGAAAAGAAGUCCACGGAAGUAAAAGAUGGUGAAAUUGAUACAAGAGAAGUGAAGAAAGAUAAAGUAAGCGUCGGUGGGGAUGACGUAGAACAGAAGGUAGUUGAUGGAAGUUCUAUGACAGCGACGUUUCGUGAAAUUGAGGUAGAAACGGGAAGUCUGGUUGAACAAAGUCCGGAGAGAUUGGAUUUUCGUGAAAUUGAGGUUGGAUUGAUAAAGGGUGUUAGGGAGAAUGAGAAUGAUGGUGUAAAAAGUAGUGAUGUUGAUGGUUAUGAUGGAUCGUUUGAUGAUUGGGAGGGGAUAGAGAGAACUGAGUUGGAGAAGCGUUUUGGUGCUGCGGUGGUGUUUGUGGGUUCCAAGAGCAGUGCUGCUCUUGUUUCUGGUCUUGACAGCGAUGUGAGGUUGCUGUUGUAUGGGCUUCAAAAGGUUGCACUUGACGGGCCUUGUCUUAAGCCGCAGCCUAUGGCAUUGAAGGUUUCUGCUCGUGCGAAGUG